CACCUGACCACCACCACCUCCUCCUCCUCCUUUCUCCUCCUCCUCCCCGUGUCUCGCAUGCACAAGCCAGUGUCAUGUGGCUUCGUCAUGGACUUCAGCCGAUCGUCAGCUUUCAUGGACCACAAAGGAGACGUGUCAGAAGAGACGGACCUGGCCAUUGUGUACCAGGCGGCGGCCAUGGGCGACAACAACACGCUGACGGCGAGCAUCCGCGACGACCCGUCCAUCCUCGAGUGCUGCGACAAUGAGGUCAGAGAUGGCAACGGCUUGGGAAAGCCUUCCUACCAGCAGUGGAUUGAUCAUGGCUCAGGACGACGACGAUGAUGAACGACGACGAACUUCAACCGCCGCUGCCGUUGCCGCUCCGCAGGCUUCACGCCGCUGAUGCACGCGGUGUCGGGGCGACGCCUCGACACGGUGAAGCUGCUGCUCAAGAUGGGCACCUCCAUCAACACACAGGACGCGUGCGGCCGCACGCCGCUCUCGCUCGCCGCGUACCUGGGCUGGCUGGAGGGAUGCCUGUCUCUCCUGCGCAACGGCGCCAGGCAAAACAUGCCGGACAAAAACGGGCGCCUGCCUCUCCACGCCGCCACCGCGCACAACGACGUCAGGACGCUCAACGUUCUUCUGCAGCAGUCGUCCGUGCAAGAGAUAAACCAUCAAGACAACGAGGGAAUGACGACGCUGCACUGGGCAGCGUUCCACAACCACCCGGAGCACGUGCAGGCCCUGAUGGAGCGCGACGCCGACCCCAGCCUGGUGGACAAGGACUUCAAGACUGCCCUGCACUGGGCCGCACAGAACGGCGGCGAACGGUCGUGCGAGCUGAUGCUGCAGCACCGGCUGGGCCCCUCCGUCGUGAACUACGACGACGAGAACGGGAAGACGUGCGUCCACGUCGCCGCAGCCGCCGGACACGCGGCCAUCAUCGCGCUGCUCGCGCGCGUCCCCGAGUGCAACCUGCAGGCCCUGGACGUCGACGAUAGGACCCCUCUGCACUGGGCCGCAGCGGCCGGCCGAGAGAGCUGCGUGGAGGUGCUGCUGGCACUGGGCGUGGACCCCAGCCCGAGUGACAUCAGCGAGAACACGCCGCUCUCCUACGCCGUGCACUGCAACCACUCGGAAUGCGUCAAGCUGCUCUCGACGCAGCCCAGGGCCGAGUCGGCGGCUAUCGCCACGCCGUCGCGGGAGGCGUGCGAGCAGCGUCGCGACGGCCGCUUCCGAGUGCUCAACAAGAUCUUCUCGCGGAGCCGUGGGAGCAAGAAGGAGAAGGAUACGGAGCGCGGUGACGGCAGUGGCGGUGGCGGCGGUGACGGUGGCGGUGGCGGCGGUGGCGGCGACGUGCCGGACGCGCCGGACGCGCGCCUGCCCGCUCGCAACGAAACCUUCGAGGUCGACGAAAUCAUCGCCACCUUCGACGGAGGAGCACGAAAGGACCCGUCAGACGGCACGAGCGCGCUUGCGGCCGCGCACGAGGGCACGCGCGAGGGCACGCGCGAGGACACGAGCGUGAACACGCAAGCGAGAGCUCACGUGGCCACCUGCCCCGGCUGGGGAAAGCAGUGCGGGGCGCAGGGGCGGCUCGUGCUCGGCUCCUUCAUCACGGCGAGGGGCACCUUCCCCGCUCGCACGCGCAGCCUGCCCCCCAUCACGCUCGGCAGCUCCUUGCCGACGCACGAGUCCGGUGCGGCGGGCGGCGGCACCGCGGCCACCGCCACGCCGUCGUCGCCGGCCGUGGCGGCGGAGCAAUGCGACGGGCAGGCGGCCCGGUUCGGCGCCCUCACUGGAAGCUCGGCGGCGGCGGCCGCCGCGGCCACCGCCACGACCGCGGCGGUGGCGGGGCGGCUACUGCUCGGCACGUGCUCACGGAAGAGCCGGAGCGAGCACGAUCUGUUUGACGGGAAGGCCGCGCGUCUGGGCACGGGAGCUACGGAGGGGCCCAGGGAGCUGAGCUGGGCAAGGCCGGGGAGACGCGGAGCCCCCAGCAGCAGCAAUGCGCCACCGCCGCCGCCGCCAACGCAGCCGCCGCCCCUCCUGAACGGGAGCAGGAAACCGUCGUACUCUUACCUGCCUGCGUACCUACCAGCCCUGUACCCACCCAGCACAGGAGACCCGGACCCUCAGGUACAGCCCAAAGGACAAUCAAAGGAAUCCAUGCUGCCUCGACGAAGCUUAUCAACUCUUCCAGGAAGCCUACUUUCCAAAACUCCUCUCGAGGCCAAGCUGCCCGGGAUCACCAAGUCGCCUUCACUGCCCCUCACGCCCUCCUACAUCUCCUCGUCCUCCUCCUCGUGGUCCUUCCCCGAUGCCCUGGGCCAUGCGAGGGUGGGCGCUGCCGGUACCAAUGCCUGCCAAAGGCCUCCCUCGCCCGUGGCCGUCAAUCCAAACAAGCUAGUGCUCGGCCCUCUGCCGGACCACGAAUCGGGCUUCGGCAGACUCAACCCCACGCCUCACUUUGACCCUUGCCUGAGCAGGCUGAGCGGUGUGGGGAACGCCGCCGAGGCCUGCUUCAGCCAUCUCGGGCUUGGGUUAAAAGCUGAGGGCGGCCCAAGCCAGCUCAAGCCCGUGCUCAGCUCAGACUCCAACCUAACGAGGCUCAGCUCCGGGGGGCUGAAGCUGGACGGCGCGAGCAUGAGGCACAGCCAAUCGGACUCGGGUCUCGGCAAGGCCAUGCCAAACUCUUACCCAGGGUUGGACGUGGGCCUGGCCAGGCUGACUCUGCUGGCGCCCAUGACUGCCUCCUCCGAGCUGAGCCACCCGUGGCUCCCACCGACCGGAUCGCUGUCGGCACUCGGAGAGCCCCUCCGCUCCACGCGGCGCGUCCUGCCAGCCAUCCCUGUCCACCGAAAGCCGCCCGCUGCUGGCGAGGGCCUCCAGGGCAGCCGAUGAACGAAGCGGACGCUGAGUGGCCUUGGCUACGGUGGUGAUGUUUCACGCUUGUCGAUUCGACCAUCUCCACAUAUGGUAGGUAUUCUGCGGCGAAAGCUGUUUGACAAUUCGCCCAUGGAGCAAAUUUGGUGUUGGCCAUGGCAGGGCCGGAUUCAGGUACCUUGACUUCUAAGACACCCCUUUGCCCGCUAUCUACUUGCCUGCCUCCGACAUGAAGACAGACAAAAGACCCAAUCAACAAAAAUGGUUUCAAAAAAUGCCAUGUAUUUUUAUGGGCCUCACCUGGCGUUUUUGGCCCGUUUGCACCCCCUCAGUCCCCCCCCCCCUCCCCUCCAUGAAUCUAGCCCUGGGCCGCAGGUGGCCAGUUGUUUUACAUGAUAAAGUAAUAAUGAAAUACGAAUAUUAAUUCAAUACAUUUCAUUUGAAUGGAAUUCGUGACACAAGUUCACAUAAUAACAGACCUCUGUCAACCCUCUGCUGGGUGAGGACCUCCCCUACACCUGGUUUGGUCAUGGGAUUCUUGAACAUGCUUCACCACACUGCUCACACUGUGGGUUGGUGAAGAUGUGGUGAGGUGGUAGGCAGGACCAGGUUCGAUAUUGACUGGCCGGAAAUCAAACUCAGGUCGCCGGGUUUAUACAAGCGGUGCGGUAACCACCACGCCACUGCUCCCUCCUGGUUUUGCGUUGAACUGUGUCCAGAAGGAACAGGGCAUUAUCUGUAUCAGAAUACCAAAUUUAAUGUAGCUGGGUCACUGCAUUCUAAACUAAAUGCAAUACUGUAUAUGUAUAAAUGUUGCAUAUAAACGAGACCAAACUGAGGCAUGACCCCCUUAGGGAUUGCAGAAGUGUUGUACAUUUGUGUAAUUGCACGCGAUUUUCAAAAGGUAAGAAUCAUUAUUAAAUCACAUCCCUUCAGCUCGCAAAGUGUCAUUAGGAAAGGAGACGUGAUUUAUUUUCAUCAUCAUGAGCCAUUUAUCCACUGCUGGAUGAAGGACGCCAUCCCUCAUGCCACAAUCCAUCGCAUGCCUCCACGUGAACCGAUCUCAUCAAUCCUUCUCCUUGGUAGUCAUCCUCUCGUGUGUGUGUUUUUUUUACCCCUUUAGCUGCCAUUCCCAUCACCAGUCUCUUCUAUCCUUUAUUGCAAUGUGUUCUGCCAAAAGCCCACUUUCAUUAACACUCCAUUUGAUGUCUCUGUUCCCCAAUUCACGUGUCCUCUUUAGUUUAAUUCCACACGCGGUCUUUUUGUUUACUGCUCAGCUUUUGCACCAUUUUCUAAGUCGAUGUCUGUGUUUCUGACCCAUACAUCAAAGCGGGUAAUAUGCAUUGAAGUCGUCAUUGUGCUUUACGGUAUUUGACGAACACCUUAAGAAUGCAACACUCACAUUUUCACGUUGUUUCUUAUUUUUAUUUCAAAGGCCAAAAUCCACAUUGGACAUACGGCAAGGUAACUCUAAAUUGUGCUGCUGCGUAGGUGUUCACUGUUGUACUGUUCAGCUGUCCGGUGUGUUUUCGUGUUGUUCCGCGUGUUGUUCGGCAUGAUGUCCAACGUUUGGGAGCUUCUUCAGGAUCUGAAUGUCCACUGCACGCCAAACAACACACGGUGUGCGACCGGAAAACACGCUGCAGAGCUCGGUUCCUUUAUAAUUGUAGCUUAGAUAUCAUUGUGGUCAGUCGGGUAGCUCCCGUGAUAAAGCUAAUAACUAGUCUGCAUGCGCAUGCAUUAAGGAGAUGGCGACCGCAUAUUUGGACAUACUGUAGUUUUAUGACAUUUUCUAUUCAUUCCGUUGAUUAAUUUAUCUGCCUUGGGGAGAAAAGUGACGAGUGGCCUGCGUUCAUGCCCACUUGCGAGAUUCUGGCUUAAUAGUAUCCAUUUGUAGGCAGCUUGCAAGCAAUUUUACACGAUGUUAAUGAAGUGUCGUUGUGUACGGAACUCUUAAAAAUGAUUACAUUUUUAAGGUAGUAGGUUUCAAACAUUUUAAGUGCACUUAAAAGCGAAUGCCUUUCUGUCGAAAAGAUUUGUUCCGUUCCUGCGUGCCCAGUUGCCGCGUUCUCUGUGAACGCAAUACGUCCACCAAAUGGUCUUGGCUGUUUUUUUCAUCUUGGCUCGUCCCUAUUCCGCAGUGCCGUGUCCUUAAAAAAAUAACCUAUGUGUCAUUUCAAUAAAUGUUGCGAAUGCCUGAGAUUUCCCA